UCGAUGCAAUACGCAAGCGCGCGCGUUGGAGACGCACAUUUACGUGCAAAAUCGUAUCGUACGCCUAAGCCCUAACCUCUAAUCUUAUAAACAGAAAAUCAGAAAGAUGGCGGACAUGGCUGGGAAUUGGUGUUUGAUAGAGAGUGAUCCCGGCGUUUUUACUGAAUUAAUCAAAGAAUUUGGUGUUAAGGGUGUCCAAGUUGAAGAAUUGUACAGUCUCGACGAUGACCAAUUCGAAAAUGUCAAGCCAAUUCAUGGAUUGAUUUUUUUGUUCAAAUGGGUACAAGAUGAUGAACCAUCUGGAGCUAUUGUUCAAGACAACAGACUGGACAAAAUUUUCUUUGCCAAACAGGUGAUAAAUAAUGCCUGUGCAACCCAAGCCAUUUUAAGCGUUUUGUUGAAUUGUAAACAUGCAGACAUGUCGUUGGGUCCAAAUCUAGAAGAACUGAAAACAUUUUGUCAGUGUUUUGAUCCAAAAAUGAAAGGUCUUGCUCUUAGUAAUUCAGAUGUCAUCAGAGAAGUUCAUAACUCAUUUGCAAGGCAAACUUUGUUUGAAAUUGAUAGUAAACACUCUGCCAAAGAUGAAGAUGUCUUUCACUUUGUAAGUUAUGUCCCAAUUGAUGGCCGUUUGUAUGAAUUAGAUGGACUGAAGGAAGGCCCAAUUGAUUUGGGCCCAUGUCCAUCUGGAGAUCAAUGGGUACAGGCUGCUAAACCAACAAUUGAAAAGAGAAUUAAAAAGUACAAUGAAGGGGAAAUACAUUUCAAUUUGAUGGCAAUAGUGAGUGACAGAAAAAUGCUAUACGAGAGACAAAAAAGUUUAACUACUGAUCCUGGUGAAAUUGCUAGAUUACAAGCUCUUAUUGAUGAAGAAAUAUGGAAGUCAAAGAAAUACAAGAUUGAAAAUAUUAGAAGGAAGCAUAAUUAUCUUCCACUGAUCAUAGAACUGCUAAAGAUCCUAGCAAAAGAAGGUAAACUUGUUCCUCUUUAUCAAAAAGCAAAGGAAAGGGCUAUUGAAAAGGAGUCCAAAAAGCAAAAGGCAUAAAAUGCUUUGCAAAAAACAACAGAUUUAUUUCUAAGAUUAAAAAUUACUAACUGGAACUUCAUAUUAUAUAAUUAUAUCAUUUUUUUAAAUAUAAGAAUUAUGAAAAAACUCGA